AUGGAUGUUGACGGCGACUCCGAGUGGGAAUGGGACAAGAUGUGGAGGAAGCAGCGAGAGGAGGAACGGCGGAAGCAACGAGCAGCCGAACGGGCAAGCGUCAAUUGGAGAAGGCACAGUGCGGGUGGCGUAGCCAGAGAUUUUUCGGACGAAUGGAAAACGCUAGUGUCACAGGAGGAACAGGAAGGAACAGCUCCGGACGAGGCUGCCUCGUGCCAUCAGUUCCCGCUACUGAAGAGUAAAAGCGAGCGCAUCGAUAGCACGAUCAGCGCCAACCGACCGGCUGUUUCUGGAAAAGGUAUCGCGAAGAGCAUGAGCGAGAGAAUGGACCCGCCGUCGUCGGGCGGCGAGAGCGAGGAGUUCCAUUUCCACAACCUCAGGCGGGCGCAGCGCAGCGCGUCCAUGAGUGCCGGCUUGUUCGCGAAUGGCUCGUCCAUGACAGGUUCGUCCAUGGCGGACCCGUCGGGCGGCGCGUCGUACUUCCCCGCGUCCUGGUCCACCAGCACCUUCAAAGGCCCCCCGGCCGCCACGCUCUCCACCACGUCAUCCAUGGGAACCGUGCCGCCGAAAUCGGAAACGCAUCCUUCGUUUGCCCCCUGGCGAAGGCGGAGCGAGAGCGUGGGAUCCAUGGACGUGGGGCCGACGACCCCAAGCUCUAUCUUCCUGCCUCGCAGUAACAGCGAUUGUUUCGACGUCGCGAACGCGUCCCAGCUGGGCAGAUCGGGAAUGUCGCCCGUCGCAGCAGCCGUCGCAGCAGUGGACGGCCACGGACCGAUCGAUCAGCGUUACGGGGCGAAUGUCGCCAACGUACCUCGCACCCGCGACGGCAGCGGCAGGCGAUUAGCCUCGGCAGAAUUACCACAGCGUCCCGUGAGCGCAUCCGCGGAAUUUUCAGGGCGCGCGUCGAGGUUGUCGCGGGGUUCGCCGCAUCAAAUCCAGCUGCCGGUUUCCCCGCCGUCUUUCACUCCCCCCAUUCCCGUCGCGGAGCCCGUUUCUCCCGAUUCAGCAGAACCCGAUAUGAGCUUUCAGGCUCCGUACGCUGACGUGGCACCUGCCGUGGUUGGCGCUGUCGGCGUGCAACGGCUGUCGCUGCAAGUAAACCGGUUAGAGGUCGACGCGGACGGCCUCGGCAGCCGAGAUGGCAGUCCACUUGGCAGUCCACGUGGCAGCCUCUGCGGAAGCCCGGUUAGCAGCUGCGGUGCCAGUCCACGUGCCGGCUGGUCAGGCAGUCCGCGUGGCAGCUUCUUCGGCAGUCCACGUGGCGACAGUCACAGUGGCACGCAACUGAACAGCGGGCAGAGCAGCAGAGAAACCAGCCCCAAGGACGUUCAGGAGAUUAACUCCUUCGAGACAAACCAUUUCCCUGCGGGGAGAUUAAACAGCCGCGCGGGAAGCCGCGCGGGAAGCCACGCGAGCAGCGCGGCGCACAGCGUGUCGGGGAGUCUCGCGAGCAGCCCGAGGGGCGUCAGCUGCGGCUAUAGUGCCCCCUGGGACAUGCCUGCCGCCGGCGAUAUCAUUCGCUCCCCCGUCGCGCCGCCCACGUCGCAGGCGGCGCGCAGCAACGGCCAGCCGACCAUUCAGGAGCUUCUAGACGCGCUUAAAGCCAUCAGCCCGGACGCCGCUCUCGAAAGCGCCGCCGCCGCUGUCGCCGCGGUGACUGCUGCGGCCGUCGCGUCGAUGCCGCCCGGCUUGUCGAUCCCCCUCCCAGCCCUUUCCCCGUCCGCGUUAUUAGCCCCGAUCGCGAUCCCAAGAGCGGGGGACGGCGAGGGGUUGGGGCGCAGGCUGAGCGGCGGCUUGGACGGCUCGAGCCGGCCGGGGUCGCCGCUAGCGCCGGUGCCGGAGGUGCCGCACGAGGAGGAGCGCAGCUGGGAUGCUCCGUCCGCCCAGCCCGCGGUGGGCUGCAGCGGCGAGAGCGCGGACGACAGCUACAGCCCCUUGGGAUCGCCGAUUCUAGGGUUAGGCGGGCGCGCGUUUUCUGAGAACGGGAGGGGGACGGGCGGGGGGAGGGCGGAAGAGCUGCGGAAGAGCCGCAGCGUGAGCGGCGGGGAGUGCGGUGGGGCGGACGUUGUGCGCUUGUACGCGGAGGCGGAAAAUGCAAUGCGCGCGCAGCAGCAGCAGCGCGCGGACGAGCAGCAGGCGCCGUCUUCCGCUCUCAGCAGCGCGUUCAGCAGCCGCAGCACGUCCGCGGACGGCGGAGCGGAGGAGAACGACCCGCUGGGGGACCUUCCAGGAGGCUUCGUGAGCCGUGUGGGUGCCGGCAGCGCAGCAAACGGGCACUAUGGCGGGCAGGGAGCGCGGGGAGCGGGAACAGGGGCGGGCGCAGGGGCGAGCGGGGGGACGGGGGGAUCUUCACGGUCUGCACGUGCGUUUUUUCCCCCGUCGUUUUCGCUGAGCCACUACCUGCAAGACGACGACGACGGGGAACCGCUUGAGGAGGAGGAGGAGGAGGAGGAGGGGGAGGGGGAGGGCAAAGGUGACGGGGAGGGUGAUGAUGGGGAAAUGAGUGUCGGGAAAGAUCGGGAGGCGGGCAAAAAGGGGGAGGUGGGGGAGAUGGGGGAAGGGGACGAGGAUGGAGAGAGGGAGGGAGAGGAAGCAAAGGAGGCUCAGGAAGUGGACUACGGAAGUGGCGGCGGAGCAAGGAGGGACGGAGAUAGGUCUGGUGCGGUGGGCGAGGGGGCGGGGGAGGCAGGCGGACGAGGGGGAAGAGGCAGGGGUGCACGAGCGGGAAAUCAGAGCAGCAGCGGGAGCCACAGGGCAGAUGUUGGGGCCUCAGCCCAUGGCCGCGUUAUGGCCAACAUGGGGAGCGGAGAGGGCGCAGCAGAGGGGGAAGCGGGAGAGGUUGAGGUGGCAAAGGGUGCGGGCGCGGAGGGCGGGAGCUCAAGAGGUCCGCACGUGUGGAAGGCGGGGCCCGGGCUGGGGGAGCGGCGGAGGAGCUUUGACGUGUGCGCGCUGCUGAAACUGGAGGAGGGGGAGGCGGAGCAGAGGCGCGCGGGUGGGAGGAGCGGGCGCGGGGAGAGUUGGGCGGAAGUGGACUGGCUGGGGCUGGAGUUCGGUGCGUGGCGGGGGGAGGACCUGGGCGGGUUCACGUGGGAGGAAGCGGAGGCUGUGUGGGUGGUGGAGCGGGAGGGGGGGAAGAAGACGGGGGGAGGGGGGAGUGGCGGGGAACAGGUGAAGGGGGAAGGGGGGAUCGCGGGGGAGCAGGCGAAGGGGGAGAUGGGGAGCGGUGAGGGGCAGGAGAAGGUGAUAGAUGGGGCUGGUGACUUGGGGAAGGGGAGGGAGAGGAGGGAAAGGGGGGAAGCAGCGAAGGCGGGGAUGGGCGGCCAUAGGGAGGAGGGUGGGGAGGAGGGUGGGGAGGCGAAUGGAAGGGGAUUUGGCCAUAAGGGGAGUGGGGCAGGAGAGAGGCCCGGGGAGAGAGGCGAUAGGUGCGAGGGUGUGCAAAACGGUGGCAGUGUAGAGAAGGAGAAGGAAGAGGAGAAGGAGAAGGAGGUGGUGGUGGGGGUGAGGGGCAGGCGGGCACGUGUGUUGUUCCCCACGUGUGUGUCUUUGAGCCACUACCUCAGCGACCCCUCCCACUCUGAUGACGAGCCCCUGGAGGACGUGGCGGAGGAUGGGGGGGACGGCGUGCAUGGGCAGCAGGGCGCGCAUGGGGGGGGCGUGGAGGAGGUGCAGCAGGGGGGAGGGGAGGGGAGGAGAGCGGGACAGGGAGAUGGGAGGGGUACGGGGCGAGUAGGGAGUGCAAGCGGAGGGGCGGAUGGGUCGGGGUUGAGCCAGGAAGGCAAUGUGCUGCCUGCUCGUGCCCCUGCCAGCCUCCGUUUCUCACCAUCCAAGCCACCUCGUCCAUCCCCAUCUCCUCCCACCCGUGCCACCCCACCUCCCCCCCUCGCUCCUGCUCCCACCACGCCCUCUCAGCCUGCUGCUGCGGUCCCAUCACCGCCCCCACCACCCCCACCGUCCACGCCACCCCCGCCUGUUGUGGUUGCUGCACCUGCGGGCCCCUCUCCCGGGGACUGUGUGGCCCACAUGGCCACGUUUCUCAGAAACUUCCUGGAUCUUUCAGCCACGCCGUUCCUCUCACUCGCUCUGCCUGCUGCCACCAUCGUGAGCUGUAACGACGCCACGUGUCACACGCUGGGAUGGCCACGUCAGCAGCUGCUCUCCCGCAAGCUGGCCUCUCUGCUCGUUCCAAAUCAAGCACAGCAGGAAGCGCAAGGCCAUGAGGAAGAGCAAGAGCAGGAGGAAGUGAUGCAGACUGAGGGUGGGGAGCAGGAGGUGGAUCCGGGGCACAGGGAUAGGCCGAUGGCGGUGCGGCAGCAGCAAGGGCAAGGGAGGAGGGAGAGUGAGAUCUCUUCUUUGGAUUCAUGGCUGGGUGCUAUUAUGCGCACUGGGGUUGGGGAAGGCCCCCUUACAGUCACUCUCGCGAGGCCCAAUGGGUUGGCUGCUGUGCGCGCCACUCUCUUUGCUGCCACCCUGCAUCCCUGCUCUCCGCCCUCCCACCCCUCUCAACCAUUCCACUCUGCGAGAGCAGGCAGCGAUGGUGGUGGCAGUGCAGCGACAGCAGCAGCAGCAGCAGCAGGGGAGGCCACGGUGGCCAUGAUGCUGCAGGUGCUGCCGUGA